AUGCCCCUCGUCCCCGGCCCCGCCCCUGCCCUGUCACCUCCUCCCUCCUGCCAGGUGUUCCAGGCGCAGCUGGACGCCAGCUAUGACUACAGGGCAGACCCAACCCUGCACCAGGCCUGCGGCCCGGACGCGCAGUCCAUCUGCGCGGGCGUCGAGCCCGGCGGCGGCCGCAUCCAGGCCUGCUUGAUGAGCAGCCGCAUCAAGCUGGGGUGGGACUGCGAAGAGCAGCUGUUCCGCAAGGAGAUGGAGGACGCGGACGACAUGAGGCUGAGCGUGAGGCUCUUCCGCAAGUGCCUGAACGACAAGCGGCAGGUGGGGCGGGGCGGGGCGGGGCCGGGGCCUGGGGGCGUGGGACAGGCGCGUUCGCUUGGCUGA